GGGACUCUUCUUACAUACCUACAGAGAAGACACCAAAAGAUGUGACUGAGAAACACGGCUCUGUUGAAAUUUUUCUGCUGUUCGUAGAAAACGACCAAAGAAGUUUCAAAUUUUGGAACCUUGGCUUGCAUGUAUUCGAUUUUUAACUACCUGAGUACUACUAAAGAAAACUUAAAAUCGGAGCAUAUCAUUGGUAUAAGCGAGUGGCACGAAAGAACUGUAUAUAAAAAAAGCAUUUUCUUUUACGAAUAUUGAAAACUGUAACACUAAUCUAUGGAUCGAAAUCAUUACUUAAAAUGUCUUUUACUUUUUCAAAUUAUAUAAAAUUUUACGUACCUUGUUUUAUUCUUAUAAAUUUGCAUCUCGGAUUUGAUUUGAAAUUUGAAUGCUUUGAAUAACUCUUGAAACUGAUUGAUGAAAAAUUUGCAUUUUGGCACAUUUGAACUUCAGAAACCUUUCAGUUGCUUCAAUAGAAACAGCACCGUAAAAUUCAGAAUUUUUUAUCGUUCCUAUCAUCUAGUUUUAGGGAAAACUUAUAGCGAAAUGCAAUGGUCUGAGAUAUGAUUCAGCAUUCUUACUCAAAAAAGGUAAAGAAUUCAAGCUCUGAUUACGACGAAAGAGUACAUUUUAGAAAUGUAUACUCAAGAAAUAAAAAUAACUGUAAAAUUUUAUGAUGAAAUGAAAGACUAACAUAAAACAUUUAUAGCAAUCGUGUGCGACGUCUUUUGAUACAACACAGUAGCAGAAAAAGAAAUCCAGAAUGCGGCAUAAAAAAGUUCAGCUUCUUCUUUUGUGCAUGGUUUUCUGCUCAACCUUGACUCUAGUUUAUGGCACUGAUGAUACUAAAAUGGUAUCUGCAAGUGCAUUGCAAGAACGAGAGAUUAUGUACAGUGAAUGUGGUGGUGUGCUGCGAGAGCCGAAAGGUAUCAUUUCCACACCAAACUUUCCUGAUCCUUAUCCUGUGCCCAUUAACUGUAGAUGGGUUAUAGAAGCUCCAGCAGAUAAAGUAAUCGCCAUAUAUUUUACACAGUUCUAUAUGCGUGAAGGUCUAACUGUGACAGAGUACGCCUUCUUUUCGGAAACAUUAUACAUGGGCAAGAAAGAAUUUGGCAUGAUCAGCUCUGAUAGAGAACCUACUUAUCUCGUCAGCAACAAACCAGUACUGGUGCUUGAUUUCCUUGUCAGGGAAUCCGGUAACAUCCACAUGAGGGUACGCGAAUACCUUCUGGAUGUCUUUGGAUUCAACAUUACAUACGAGAUUAUAAGCCGGAACGAAACAGUAAGGAAAGACGCAUGCUUGUACCAUCAUUGUUCCUUCACAGGCUACUGUUACGCAGUGUCCUUCUUCACGGCGUAUUCCUGCCAUUGUUUUGCUGAUUUUUAUGGACCAGAGUGCCAAUACAAUCCUGGAUGUGAACCUGGAAGUCGAUCAACGUGUGAUAAUGGAGGAACGUGCAGAUAUUAUAUUGGAUCCACUGUGAAAACGUGUGAAUGCCAAUCAGGUUUUGAAGGCACAAGAUGUGAAAAACAAAAAGAUGACAGAAAACUCUUAGCUCAGUGCGCAGCCAUGGGAUGCACACAGACUUGCACUCUGACUAAUCACGGAGACUAUAAAUGCACGUGUCUGCCUGGAUACCAUUUAACUGAAGAUAAGAAGACUUGCGUUGAAAAAGGUCGCACUAGAUAUUUGGUCAGUUUUAAACUGUAUGAUCAAAAUGUGGAUUUAGCGCACUUAGACGCUACCAGAUAUAACCAGCUGAAAAAAGGCAUCGAAAAUGCGGAGAUGGGCGAAACCGAUCCUUUAAGGGAACAGAUCGGAACCCUUCGCUCACUGAAGUUUGAUAAAUGCGCUCGGAACAGGCGUGGAUCAAGAGCGGUAUGCAAAGAUGGGGGAAAAGCAGAAGGAAUUGCACAAGGGA